AGUAUUGACCGACUUUCACAAGAACUGGAUUCUUAAAACUGGACGCACUGGAUAGUAAUUUAUUCACCUUUUCGUGUACGUGGGUAUCGUCGCCAUCUACCCUGUGUGGCUUGUCUGUAGUCCCCAAUGCCGGAGAUGGCACAGAGGAGUGGACAGGAGGACCCAGAGCGGUACCUGUUUGUGGACCGGGCCGUGGUCUACAAUCCGGCCACGCAGGCCGACUGGACUGCCAAGAAGCUGGUGUGGGUUCCGUCGGAGAGGCACGGCUUCGAGGCGGCUAGCAUCCGUGAGGAGAGGGGGGAGGAAGUGCUGGUUGAACUGGCUGAAAAUGGAAAAAAGGCCCUGGUGAACAAGGACGACGUCCAGAAGAUGAACCCUCCCAAGUUCAGCAAGGUGGAGGACAUGGCUGAGCUCACCUGCCUGAACGAAGCCUCAGUACUGCACAACCUGAAGGACAGAUACUACUCCGGCCUCAUUUACACUUAUUCUGGUCUCUUCUGUGUGGUGAUAAAUCCAUACAAAAAUCUUCCCAUAUACUCUGAGAACAUCAUCGAGAUGUACAGGGGGAAGAAGAGGCAUGAAAUGCCACCCCAUAUCUAUGCCAUUUCUGAGUCUGCCUACAGAUGCAUGCUACAAGAUCGUGAGGACCAAUCCAUCCUGUGCACAGGUGAAUCUGGAGCUGGAAAAACAGAAAAUACUAAAAAAGUAAUCCAGUACCUAGCCCACGUCGCUUCCUCUCACAAAGGCAGGAAGGACCACAACAUUCCACCAGAGUCGCCUAAAGCAGUGAAACUCCAGGGUGAGCUGGAGAAACAGCUCCUUCAGGCAAACCCCAUUCUGGAGUCUUUUGGUAAUGCCAAGACGGUGAAGAAUGACAACUCCUCACGCUUUGGCAAAUUUAUCCGCAUCAACUUUGAUGUAACUGGAUACAUAGUGGGGGCCAAUAUUGAGACCUAUCUUCUAGAGAAGUCCAGGGCUAUCCGACAGGCCAAAGAAGAGAGAACCUUCCAUAUCUUCUACCAGCUUCUGGCUGGAGCGGGAGAGCAUUUGCGAUCUGAUCUCCUCCUGGAGGGCUUUAAUAGCUACCGCUUCCUGUCCAACGGCAACAUUCCUAUUCCUGGCCAACAAGACAAGGACAACUUCCAAGAGACCAUGGAAGCUAUGCAUAUCAUGAGCUUUUCCCAUGAUGAGAUUUUAUCCAUGCUGAAGGUGGUAUCAGCUGUGAUGCAGUUUGGCAACAUUGUGUUCAAGAAGGAGAGAAACACAGAUCAGGCUUCAAUGCCUGAGAACACAGCUGCACAGAAGCUUUGCCAUCUCCUGGGAAUGAGUGUUAUGGAGUUCACCCGUGCCAUCCUCACCCCCCGGAUCAAAGUGGGCCGCGAUUACGUACAGAAAGCCCAAACAAAAGAACAGGCGGACUUUGCGGUGGAGGCUCUGGCCAAAGCCACCUAUGAACGCCUCUUCCGCUGGCUGGUACACCGCAUCAACAAAGCUCUGGACCGCACCAAGCGGCAGGGAGCCUCCUUCAUUGGCAUCCUGGACAUCGCUGGCUUUGAGAUCUUCCAGUUGAACUCCUUUGAGCAGCUGUGCAUCAACUACACCAACGAGAAGCUCCAGCAGCUCUUCAACCACACCAUGUUCAUUCUGGAACAGGAGGAGUACCAGCGCGAGGGCAUCGAGUGGAGCUUCAUCGACUUUGGCCUCGACCUGCAGCCCUGUAUCGACCUCAUCGAGAGGCCUGCGAACCCUCCAGGUGUUUUGGCCCUGCUGGAUGAAGAGUGCUGGUUUCCCAAAGCCACUGAUAAGACGUUUGUGGAUAAGCUGGUGCAGGAGCAGGGCUCACACGCCAAGUUCCAGAAACCACGGCAGCUGAAAGACAAGGCUGACUUCUGUAUCAUCCACUAUGCAGGCAGGGUUGACUACAAAGCAGAUGAGUGGCUUAUGAAGAACAUGGACCCACUGAAUGACAACGUGGCCACACUACUCCAUCAGUCUACGGAUAAGUUUGUGGCUGAGCUUUGGAAGGAUGUGGACCGUAUCGUAGGUUUGGACCAGGUGGCUGGUAUGAAUGAGACCGCGUUUGGAGCCACGUAUAAAACCAAAAAGGGCAUGUUCCGCACGGUGGGCCAACUGUAUAAGGAAUCUCUGACCAAGCUGAUGGCCACCCUCCGGAACACCAACCCCAACUUUGUCCGCUGCAUCAUACCCAACCACGAGAAGAGGGCUGGGAAAUUGGAACCCCAUCUGGUUCUGGACCAGCUGAGGUGUAAUGGAGUUCUGGAAGGAAUCCGAAUCUGCAGACAGGGCUUCCCCAACCGCAUUGUCUUCCAGGAGUUCAGACAGAGGUAUGAAAUCCUCACACCCAAUGCAAUCCCCAAGGGCUUCAUGGAUGGCAAACAGGCCUGUGAGAGGAUGAUCCAGGCACUGGAGCUGGACCCUAACCUCUACCGGAUUGGCCAGAGCAAGAUCUUUUUCCGGACCGGAGUUCUGGCGCACCUGGAGGAGGAGCGUGACCUGAAGAUCACAGACAUCAUCAUCUACUUCCAGGCUGUGUGUCGAGGAUACCUGGCACGCAAGGCCUUUGCUAAGAAGCAGCAGCAGCUAAGUGCUCUGAAGGUCCUCCAGAGGAACUGUGCUGCCUACCUGAAACUUCGCCACUGGCAGUGGUGGAGGCUCUUCACCAAGGUGAAGCCUCUACUGCAGGUGACCAGACAGGAGGAGGAGAUGCAGGCUAAAGAUGAGGAGUUGGAGAAGGUGAAGGAGAAACAGGUGAAGGUGGAGAACGAACUGGUGGAGAUGGAGAGGAAACACCAGCAGCUCCUGGAGGAGAAGAACAUCCUGGCAGAGCAGCUGCAGGCAGAGACGGAGCUAUUUGCAGAAGCGGAGGAGAUGAGGGCUCGUCUGGUGGCCAAGAAGCAGGAGCUGGAGGAGAUCCUGCAUGACCUGGAGUCCCGCGUGGAGGAGGAGGAGGAGCGUAACCAGGGUCUGCAGAACGAGAAGAAGAAAAUGCAGUCCCACAUCCAGGACCUAGAGGAACAGUUGGAUGAGGAAGAGGCAGCUAGGCAGAAGCUGCAGCUGGAAAAGGUUACAGCAGAGGCCAAGAUCAAGAAAAUGGAGGAAGAUCUUUUACUUCUGGAGGACCAGAACUCAAAAUUCCUCAAGGAGAAGAAACUGUUGGAGGAGAGAGUCAGUGAGAUGACAUCUGUGCUGGCUGAAGAAGAGGAGAAGGCCAAAAACCUCAGCAAAGUGAAAAACAAGCAGGAGAUGUUGAUGGUGGACCUUGAAGAGCGUCUGAAGAAGGAGGAGAAGACCCGUCAGGAACUGGAGAAGGCCAAGCGUAAGCUAGACGGGGAGACCACAGACCUGCAGGAACAGAUCGCUGAGCUCCAGGCUCAGAUUGAUGAGCUCAAAGCUCAGCUGGCCAAGAAAGAGGAGGAGCUCCAGGCAGUCCUGGCCAGAGGUGACGAGGAGGUGGCCCAGAAGAACAACGCACUGAAGCAGGUGCGGGAGAUGCAGGCCCAGUUGGCAGAGCUGCAGGAGGAUCUGGAGUCUGAGAAAGCAGCUCGCAGCAAAGCAGAGAAACUAAAGCGCGACCUGAGCGAGGAGCUGGAGGCCUUGAAGACAGAGCUGGAGGACACGCUGGACACCACUGCAGCCCAGCAGGAGCUCAGGACGAAGAGAGAGCAGGAGGUGGCGGAGCUAAAGAAGGCAAUGGAUGAGGAGACUCGUAACCACGAGUCUCAGAUCCAGGAGAUGAGACAGAGACACGGAACCGCACUUGAGGAACUCUCUGAACAGUUGGAGCAGGCCAAAAGGUUCAAGCUGAACCUGGAGAAGAGCAAGCAGACUCUGGAGGGCGAUAACAAGGAGCUAGCCUGCGAGGUGAAGGCUCUGCAGCAGGCCAAGCUCGAGUCUGAGCACAAGCGCAAGAAACUGGAGGUGCAGCUACAGGAGGUGCUGGCACGCGCCACAGAGGGCGAGAGGACCAAGAACGAGCUCGCCGACCGCACCCACAAACUGCAGUUGGAGCUGGAGAAUGUGUCUUCUCUGCUGGAGGAUGCUGAAAAGAAGGGAAUCAAGCUGGCCAAAGAUUCGGCCAGCCUGGAGAGCCAGUUUCAGGACACUCAGGAGCUGCUCCAAGAGGAGACCCGUCAGAAACUGAACUUGAGCAGUCGCAUUCGUCAGCUGGAGGAGGAGAAGAGCAGCCUACAGGAGCAGCAGGAGGAGGAAGAGGAGGCUCGCAGGAACCUAGAGAAACAGCUUGUAACUCUACAGGGUCAGCUGUGUGAGACGAAGAAGAAGCUGGAGGAUGAUGUGAGUGUGGUGGAGGGCUUGGAGGAGGCCAAGCGGAAGCUGCAGAAAGACAUGGAGGCUGCCACCCAGCGGCUGGAGGAGAAGGCCAUGGCUUAUGACAAGCUGGAGAAGACCAAAACCCGCCUGCAGCAGGAGCUGGAUGACCUCAUGGUGGACCUGGACCACCAGAGACAAAUUGUCUCCAACCUGGAGAAGAAGCAGAAGAAAUUUGACCAGAUGCUGGCAGAGGAGAAGAGUGUGUCGACGCGCUAUGCAGAGGAGCGCGACCGUGCUGAGGCCGAGGCCCGCGAGAAGGAGACGAAAGCCCUGUCGAUGGCCCGCGCCCUGGACGAGGCCCUGGAGGCCAAAGAGGAGUUUGAGCGUCUGAACAAACAGCUGCGUGCUGAGAUGGAGGACUUGAUGAGCUCCAAGGAUGACGUGGGCAAGAACGUGCACGAGCUGGAGAAGUCCAAGCGCACACUGGAGCAGCAGGUGGAGGAGAUGCGCACCCAGCUUGAGGAGCUGGAGGACGAGCUCCAGGCCACGGAGGAUGCAAAGCUGCGUCUGGAGGUCAACAUGCAGGCGAUGAAGGCCCAGUUCGAGCGUGACCUGCAGGCCAGAGACGAGCAGAACGAUGAGAAGAAGAGACUCCUGGUGAAACAGGUGCGCGAAAUGGAGGCGGAGCUGGAGGACGAGAGGAAGCAGCGUGCUCUGGCUGUGGCUGCAAAGAAGAAGCUGGAGAUGGACCUGAAGGACUUGGAGGCCCAGAUAGAGGCGGCUAACAAGGCCCGUGACGAAGCCAUCAAACAGCUGCGCAAGCUUCAGGCUCAGAUGAAGGACUACCAGAGGGAGCUGGAGGAGGCUCGUGCCUCUCGUGAUGAAAUCUUCACUCAAUCCAAAGAAAACGAGAAGAAGCUCAAGAGCCUCGAAGCCGAAAUCCUACAGCUACAAGAGGACCUGGCUGCGUCAGAGAGAGCACGCCGUCAUGCGGAGCAGGAGAGGGAUGAACUGGCAGAUGAGAUCUCUAACAGUGCCUCUGGGAAAUCCGUGCUGCUGGAUGAGAAACGGAGGUUGGAGGCUCGUAUUGCUCAGUUGGAGGAGGAGUUGGAGGAGGAGCAGAGCAACAUGGAACUGCUCAACGACCGCUUCCGCAAGACUGCCAUGCAGGUGGACACACUCACUACGGAGCUGGCCGGAGAGCGCAGUGUAGCGCAGAAGAGCGAGAGUGCCCGCCAGCAGCUGGAGAGACAGAACAAGGAGCUGAAGGCCAAACUGCAGGAGCUGGAGGGAUCAGUCAAAUCCAAGUUUAAAGCCACUAUCGCCGCCCUGGAGGCCAAAAUCCUUCAGCUAGAGGAGCAGCUUGAGCAGGAGGCCAAGGAGAGGGCAGCAGCAAAUAAGAUCGUCCGGCGUACAGAGAAGAAAUUGAAGGAGGUGUUCAUGCAGGUGGAGGACGAACGUCGCCAUGCCGACCAGUACAAAGAACAGAUGGAGAAGGCUAACACGCGUAUGAAGCAGCUGAAGAGGCAGUUGGAGGAGGCAGAGGAGGAGGCGACCCGCGCCAAUGCCUCCCGCAGGAAGCUGCAGAGGGAGCUGGAGGAUGCUACCGAGGCCAGUGAGGGGCUCAGCCGGGAGGUCAACACACUCAAGAACCGCCUCAGGAGGGGAGGUCCUGUGAGUUUCCCUUCAGGUCGUUCUGGACGCAGGCAGCUGCAGAUGGAGGGUGAGAUCUCUGAUGACGACGCAGACAGCAAAGCCAGCGAUGUGAACGAGAGCCAGCCUGCCCAGCCUGAGUAGAAUACAGCGCCCUCCUGUGGUUCUGCACUGCUAGAACACCCUCUUUCCCAAAACCAGUCAGCACACAAAAAACUCAUUUCAAAGCCUCACCCUUUCUCUCCCACCCUGCUGCCUGGCCAGUAGACUCGAGGAGCAAGGUUCAGUGUGCGUGCACGCGCACACAGACGCACGCGCACACAGACACACGCGCACACAGACACACACAGUAUUCUGCAGCUGUCCAGAAGCCACAGUGAGCAUAAUUUAACACUGACACUCAUCAGUCCCUUCCUACCAGGUGAGCCUCAACGCUGCCUUACUCCAAUGUGGCAAGCUUCAGUGGACGACUUCUCAUUAGCGAUUUAUUGUAACGUUAGCCUUGAUAAUUGCUUAAGAAUCACUAUAUAGGUACAAGUGCAUUAUACAUGUCGAAUUUUUGUGCGAUCGCGUUCAUACACAAGCAACAGUGGCAUCACUCAAGUCUCAUUAAAUAACGCUAAAGCCACUGCUUAGCUUAAGCAACAUUACUAGCUUUUGACAUUAGUGUCUGAUGCAACACUCCAGUGAAGCAGGUUCAGAUUAUUAUGGGCUGGCAAAAGUAUAUGAGAGACUCUGGGCAUGGACAGCUCAUUUCAUUCUCCUCAAGCCAACAUUUAAAAUAUAUAUAUAAUAAUAAUAAUAAUAAUAAUAAUAAUAAUAAUAAUAAUAGUAAUAAUAAUAAACUGAAGCUAAACCCACAGUGAGCAGCUGAACCCAGCCUGCUCCCAAUGGAACUGGAAAUGGAAAAACUGUGAAAAAGCCUUGUCCUUCUGCCCCCUCCUUUAGAGACGGAGCCGAGAGUGCUGGGGGAGCUACUGCGACCUCUGUCCACUCUCGGUGUCUUCGAUUUCUCAUUCAACUAGAUUUGGGAGAUUCAUGGAAGCAUUUCUGGAGGUUUAUUGGUUGAGUGGAGUAUUUGACUAGGAUGAAAUUGGAUGUAACUGCAAAAUGCUUUUUAACUGCACACAUUAGUAUAAGCCAUACAAGGCCACUCAAACUGGAAAUAAAUGUAUGUGCUGGGAGAAUGUGCAUGUAAGGAACAACAACAAAGGCAUUUCCCCCCCCUUUUUUUUUCCUUUAUGGAGAUUCUUUAACUAUGUUUCAUUUAAAAUUGUGAAGGAAGAAAGGAAACAUUGAGCUGCUUUAUCAGACACUCUGAGACACUAAAGGGAACAGGAGAGGAAUCCAGGACCAUCUCUGUCAGUGCUGGAUGUGACUGGAACUCUGCUGUUGAACACGAUUCUUCACAGGCACGUCACUGGACCAGAGAGCUGGAGCUCCUCUGGGCUUCAGUCUGAAGCGAAGCAGAAUCGUGCAGAUCCAGCAUCCCGAGCGCUGCACUGGCGUCGUCUUCAACACUACAAAUACUGCUCCCAUCAGUAUUAGAAGAAAGAUGAUCCAUUUAAAAACUACUUACCUGCUCCAAUGUUAGUAUUUAAUAAUUUUUCUUUAAAAAGUGCCUUAGUCACUAAUUAAGAAAAUAUCCAUGGGUAAUGAUGCAUGGUGCAUCUGUAAUGUGUAUGCAAGUGCAAAGCUAACGUGAAGGCAGAACUGGCAAAUCCAUACAAGAAUAAUAAAAAAACUACAUAACCCUUUUUGUUUUGUAUUUUACUGUGCUUUGAAUCAUAUCGUUUAUAUGGCUCUAAUUUCCCCAGUAUUGAGUAAGCCAUGGGCCAGCUUCAGUUCAGCUUCCGUGUUUCCUCAAGGGGUUGGUGUCUUCUGCAGGGGCACAUGCAGAAUUUCAUUUGGUUAAAAGCUUUAUUGGCCACCAUUUUAGUAACUAUUAUUAUUGCUAUUAUCACUCUUAUUAUUGGACUGGCUGUUGA